AGAAAGUCUUUUCAUCUCCUUCAUCCUCAACCUCAUCGAUUCGCGUCUCUCUCUCUCUCUUUCUCUCUUCAGAAUGCUCAUCAGAAAUUAUCUCCUUUUCGUUUCCUUGAUGUGUUUUCUCUUCUAAUCCCCGGCCGGUGAGAUAUACCAAGGGGCAAAUUUCAAAGAUCCAGGAGAAGAGGAUUUUGAAAUUUUCAAAGCAGGGUGAGAUUAGAAGAAGCUUUUCAUCCAUGGCUGCUCCUAUGACCGAGAAGGAAGCUAUGGUGGAUCCUUUUCUGGUCGAGGCUCUUCAGAAUCCUCGUCACCGUCUCACCAUUUUGCGGAUGGAGCUCGAUAUACAGAAGUUCUUUCAAAACCCUGAGCAGCUUCAGUUCGAAUUCCGGCCCUUUCCAACAUCCUACCUGCGUCUCGCUGCACAUCGAGUUGCUCAGCAUUAUGGACUAGUAACCAUGGCUUUGGACAAUGGUAGUGGUGCGGGGGAUGGAUCCGAGAAUAGAAUCCUGGUGACGAAGACGGCGGAAAGUAGAUUUCCUCAUGUCUGCUUAUCCGAAAUCCCUGUGAAACAACCUGAGAAUGGUAGACCUGAGGGUUUCAAAAUCGCAAUCAAGCCUAGACCCAAGAGAUCUGGUUGUGGGGGUAGUGGAUCAGAAGUUCAACAAAAUCUUUUGAGAAGUGUUGAGGAGAGAAAAGAAGAGUAUGAUAAAGCCCGGGCUAGGAUCUUUAACAGCCCUAGCAGUUCCGACUCUGAAGAUUCUUCAUCACUACGACCUCCCCCUCCUCUUGAAGGGAAACCCACAUGUAUAAACAGGAAUGAAACUGAAGUGGCGGUUAAUAAUAACCUCGUUGAUGCUGUUACUCGAGAAUCUGGAAGGACUUCUCGAGUAGCCAUUAUCAGAGAUAGAGAGAAAGACCGAUAUGACCCGGAUUAUGACAGGAGCUAUGACAGGUACAUCGUGGAUCCUGCCUACAGGUAUGUUAGAGUUAUGCCGUCUGGCCAAAGCUUCAACCCAAUGCCAAUCCAUAUUCCGUUUCACGAUGGGGUUUUCCCUCAGAUGCCAAGAGGUCAUCAACCCAACCUAAACUAUGGGCAUCCGCUUAACCCUGCUUUGAGUCCCUUUACUAAUAACCCGGCUUCUUAUAUACCUUGGCCAAACUCACCCUCUCUGAACUAUGCGCAGUCGUUGAAUGGUCCAGACACAAAUCUUUUCAGGUAUCCUUCUGCAAGCAAUCCCUGAGGACAAGAGUAGUGUUUGAGUACUUCAAUGUCUGUAAUGAAACGCAGAAUUCUAUAGAUAUUUAUAUUAGCCUUUAGGAGCUCUCUGUUCUGUUCCGAACAAUGGCUUCGUUCUUAUAUAACAAGACAUAUACUCUUUUUCCUUAAAUGAUAUUAUUAUCAAACUUUGAAUGAAUCGUUAUACU